AGAAUGAGGCUGCGCAGAACACCGGAAGUGAAAAGGGGCUGAGCGCAGAGCUGGAAAUAAUAAGUACAUGUUAUUGCCAGCUAGUAAUAACUGCUGCCGUUGAUAUUUUUACGUAAUUACUCGCCAUGGAGCUGUCUGAAAUACUGUACAACAAAGCGGAGUACAUCGAGACGGCUUCUGGGAACAAAGUGAGCAGGCAGUCUGUGCUGUGCGGGAGUCAAAACAUCGUUCUGAACGGCAAAACUAUUGUGAUGAACGACUGCAUCAUCAGGGGGGAUCUGGCUAAUGUCAGAGUGGGCAGACACUGUGUCGUGAAAAGCCGGAGUGUCAUCCGACCCCCUUUUAAGAAGUUCAGCAAAGGGGUGGCCUUCUUCCCGCUCCACAUCGGAGAUCACGUCUUCAUCGAGGAGGACUGCGUGGUCAACGCGGCGCAGAUCGGAUCCUACGUCCACAUCGGCAAGAACUGUGUGAUAGGUCGUCGAUGCGUACUGAAAGACUGCUGCAAGAUCCUAGACAACACGGUGCUUCCCCCUGAGACAGUCGUGCCGCCUUUCACAGUCUUCUCCGGAUGUCCAGGUCUGUUUUCAGGAGAGCUCCCAGAGUGCACGCAGGACCUCAUGAUUGACGUCACCAAGAGCUACUACCAGAAGUUCCUGCCUCUCAGCCAGAUCUGAGUCACACCACUGCACUUUAAAGCAGCUCUUUGUUCAGAUGGGCUCCCCGUCGGACUGCAACGGACAUUUGAGAGCUCGUCUUUGUCAUCAAAACGUCACGUUAGGGUAGUAUGCAAUGGGAUUCAGCCACAGACCAAACCUCAACUGACAGAUCUUCAACAAUAUUGGCUGUAAGCCUCCACCUGAGUAGUUUUGCUUUUCAACUAAAAUGGUAUUCUGUAUCUCACUUUGUGGAACCCUUAUUUUUGCCUUUUUAUUGAUUCCGCUCUCGCAGGGUGGCCCUGUGUGCUUUGCAUUUGUCAUCUCUGAAGUUUUACAGUUGUUGCAACAAACACUCGAUUAUUUAAGCCUGUAAAUAAAUGCAAAUGUCAGAAAUUGUCAAA